UGGGCAAAUAGCUAAAUUGGCAGCACUGGUGCUGUCACCGGGAGAGCAAAAAACUUAAAAUUGACUAAAAUUAAAAAAGAAAAAAAUUAAAAAGGAAUCCAACAUGAAUCGUGCACGACGCUCGAAUGCAGCAGCCAACAAUAGCAAAUCGUUUAUUUCCGGUGGGAUAUAUAAUCCCAAUGCUACGCAAAAGCCGUUAAUACAACAGCCAAUCGGCCAGGGUGUUGUCCAUCAGGAAAUACCAUCACCAGUUGCGGUCCCAACAGCAACAGCCAAGAAGACCCAACAGCAGCAGCACGAUGAUGCCCCAAUGCCCAAGCCAUUUAUCGUGGUCAAGGAAGAGCCAAUCAGGGAUGAGGUCAUGCCGUUGACCAAUGUUGAUAGUGUAUCUGUAUCUGAUUUCAUUAGUGAGAUGGAUGGCGGCAAAAUUCCAUUCAAAAAAAUCUUCCAGAAGCGCAAGAAGUCAUCGGAACGCACUCGAGACAAAAAACAGCGACAGAAUCGCCAAUUACGCAAAUCGAUUUUACCGAAAAACGCUUUAAUGGCCCUCAAUGAGGUCAAGGGCAUUAAUAUUAGUGAUUUUACCAUCAAUAGCAACGCGGAUGGAGGCUUCACUGCCAUUGUCACAGUUAAUUCCAAUCAAUACGAGGGUAAGGGACAAUCCAAAAUGGCUGCUAAGAAUUUGGCCUGCGAGAAGGCUUUGCGUGAUUAUAUCAUAGCCAAGAUGACACCCAAGCCAAAAAAAUUGAAGCGAAAGCAGCCGCCACAGCCAUCAGAGCCGGUGCAACCACCUCCGCCCAUAAUAGUUGAACCCAUGGACACCAAUGAAAAUGAGAAUGCCGAUGAAGACGAAGAGGGCGAUAAUGAACCAGGAAUUGAGGCACCUGAAGAUGAGUUACCCAUGCUGAAUUUGGCUUCGUUUGCCAUUUAUAAAUUAUUCGCCGAAUGGGAGCGUCAGGGUUAUGUGGUGCCCGAAAUGCAUCCAAAUGCGGCCAAUGCAAUGAUCCAACAAAUGGAUCCAAAUGCCGCUGCCACAGCCAUGUCCAACAGUCCACCAACGGCUCCCAAAGAGCCCAAGAAGCCACCAAUGCGCAAUGAAUUGCCGCCAAAUUGGGAAUCCAUGCAUCCGGCUACCUUGCUGUGCAUUAUGCGUCCGGGCAUUACAUAUGUGGACAAUGGAUGCUGCGGCGAAAAGCCAAAUGUUCUGCAAAGUCUGAGCGUUACUGUGGACAAUCAGGAGUUUACGGCCACUGGACGAUCCAAGAAAAUUGCUCGCCGCAAUGUGGCCGUAAAUGUUUGCAACACGUUGUUUGGCACCAAAUUCGACGGCGAAGAGUAUUAGAGUGUACCAUAUCAUCAUCCCUUUAGCAGCAUGGUAUAGAGACUUUAAUUUAUAGCCCCUCAGAAGACAAUUGUGGUCGACUACACGCCAAUAGUUGACCCAUACAGCCCAGUUGAUAAAAGACUUAAGUCAUCCGAAAGUUUACUGUUGAUAGAUUUCGUUCCUCUAAUGUCCAUGAUUUGACCACAUCCAUAACCAACACCUGUCUCCUCUAAUGUCCGUGAUUUGACCACAUCCAUAACCAACACCUAUCUCCUCUCCCUUCCUCCUAAGGUGCAGUAAAAUAUUGAUUGUAAUGGUUAUAUAUAUCAGAUACUUCGGAAUACCGUAGAUAGCCCAGAGCCGCAAUCAUAGACAACAUUUACAUAUUCCAAGACACCUCAUACUUUGUAAUUUAUGAAAAUCAUUUUUAAUAUUGAAUAAAUUUUACGACAAGGACUUCCUUUGUAGUAAUGAUAAUA